UGGAAUAGUAUUGUUCUUCUUCUCCUCCUCUCUAUCAUUCACUCUAACAAAAAAAGAAUAAGAAUUGAAGAAAAAUAAAAACAAUACUGUCUUUUGGUGCUAUAUAUAAUAUAUUGCUUACAUCUUCAAUUCUUUAAUUUUAUAAAUUAAUUUUAUAAGUGAUUAGGGCUGUUAAAGGCAGGGUUAAUGAGAGUGGAUUCUUAAAGGUGUUUCUACUUUCUAAUGAGAACCACCAAUUCUAACAAAUAGGCUUUCUAUUCCAUACAAUCAGAAUCUCUCAGUCUCUCUCCUCAAGAUCUCAAAUCAUAGUUCCAUUGAUGCUACUUACUUAUCUUUCUCUCUGUUCGAACUGUGAACUGCUCGUCUUUUAUCUAAAAAAUUAUUGGUUUUUGUUUGCCGAUUAAUUGCUGUGUUUUGUUGAUUUGAUCGGAGAUUUCUUUUUCGUUAUCAAGUAAGGUUUUGGAGGUUGAUGAGGAAAACGGAAGAGUAUUCCGGCGAGGUUAAAGCGAAGAGAGGUUAAGAGACACGACGGUGGAGUGGUGGUUGAAUGACCAAAUCCAGUGGUGGAGGGUGUUAGUAAAGCUUUUGUUUUAUAGUGAAUUAGUGAUAAAAUUCUUUUGCGGGAGAAAUUUUCAGUUUUUUGGAAUUUGAUCACUGUUGGUGGGCGCCUGCCACGGACCACAAGGUAUUUCCUUAAAUAUUGGAGGAAUUUGAUCACUGUUGGUGGCCGGCUGUCACAAGGACUCCUAAGUCAUAACUCAAUCUCUACACUCUAAUGCAGCGUUAUAGGACAUCUCAAAUUAUUUGAUAUUCCCGUCGUUAAAUAAUUUACCAUGGUCAAAGGCUCUGUAAAAACUGAGAAUGAAUUCGUCUCUGAUCUUGAAAAGCCUCUUCUAAAUCAUGGUAAGGCCAAUGCCAAAGGAUGUGAUACUGUAACUCCUUACGAAAAUGCUGGUAUUUUCCGUACAGUCUUUUUCUCUUGGAUAACUCCUUUACUUGCAUUAGGAGUCGAGAAAAAGACCUUAGAACUUGAUGAUAUCCCUCAAUUAGGCCCUUCUAAUAGUGUGUUUGGAGCAUUCCCAUUGUUUCAAACUAACCUUCUUGGUAAUCGUGAUAAUGUUGGUGAUAGUAAUAGAGUUGUUAAUAUUACUGAGUUUGGGCUUGCAAAGGCAUACUUCUUAUCAGCUUGGAAAGAAAUUCUUUGGACUGCUCUUGUAGCAAUAAUACACACACUAGCUCGUUAUGUAGCUCCUUAUCUUAUUGACAGCUUCGUUCAAUGCCUUAAUGGUAAAGAGGAAUUCAGAAAUCAAGGCUAUAUUCUUGCUUUAACCUUUUGUUCCGCGAGUUUUCUUGAAGUUUUCAUACUCAGACAUUGGAAUUUUAGGAUGCAACAGAUUGGAAUUAGGCUUCGAGCAGUGACUACUGUCAUGAUUUAUAGUAAGAGUUUAACCCUUCCCUCUCAUUCAUCACAAUUGCAAGGGGAACAGUCUAGUAGUGGAGAACUAAUUAACGCGGUGGCUGUUGAUGUUGAGAAAAUACAGAGUUUUGUUGUAUAUUUGCAUGAUCCAUGGUUAAUCUUUCUCCAAAUCGGUUUAGCCUUACUACUUUUAUACAACAAGUUGGGACUCCUUGCAUCUUUUGGUGCUUUCGUUGUCACACUGGUUUUUAUGGUGGCGAACUCUAUAUUCAUGACUUGGCAGAAGAAGUUUCAAAAACAACUAAUGAAAUCCAAGGAUAAUAGAAUGAAGAUGACAAUCGAGACUUUAAGUAAGAUGAGAGUUCUUAGGUUUCAAGGUUGGGAGAUGAGUUUUCUGUCAAAGAUUCUUCAACUAAGGGAAGUGGAGAUGCAAUGGUUUAAGAAAUAUCUAUAUAGUUCAGUUGUUAUAGAUUUUUUCUUUGGUAUAGGUCCAACUUUAGUAGCAUUGGUCACUUUUGGUUCAUGUAUAUACAUGGGUAACCCGCUUUCAAUGGGGCAAAUCUUGUCUGCACUUGCUACAUUUCGGAUUCUUAGAGAGCCUGUGUUAGUACUCCCUGAUACAGUAUCCUUGGUUGUCCAAGCAAAGGUUUCCCUUGGUAGAAUCGCGUCUUUUCUUUCUCUCAAUGAGCUUCGACAUGAUGGUUUACAGAAGCUUCCGUUGGAAAGUUCUGAUACAUCAGUUGAGAUUGUUGAUGGGAACUUCACUUGGGAUGAUGUUGCUUCUUCUUCUUCUUCAUCUGCUAAUACUACAGCAGCGUUAAAAGACAUAAACUUGAAAAUUUCUCAUGUUAUGAAGGUUGGCAUAUGUGGUACAGUUGGUUCAGGGAAAUCGAGUUUACUUUCUUGCAUUCUGGGUGAAAUGCCUAUGAUUUCAGGGGAAGUCAAGUUGUGUGGGAAAAAGGCCUAUGUUGCUCAAUCACCAUGGAUACAGAGUGGUACGGUUCAAGAAAACAUACUGUUUGGGAAAGAUAUGGACCGACAAAGAUAUGAUCAAAUACUUGAAGCAUGUUGUCUUAAGAAGGAUUUGGAGAUCCUUUCAUUUGGUGAUCAAACUGUUAUUGGUGCAAGAGGUAUCAACUUAAGUGGCGGGCAGAAACAAAGAAUACAGAUUGCUCGUGCUCUCUACCAGGAUGCGGAUAUCUAUCUAUUUGAUGAUCCUUUUAGUGCUGUGGAUGCUCAUACUGGUUCCCAUUUAUUCAAGGAAGUUUUGCUUGGUCUUCUGAGCGAGAAAACUGUAAUUUAUGUAACUCAUCAAGUCGAAUUCCUGAAUGCUGCUGAUCUGAUUAUGGUCAUGAAAAAUGGAAGGAUUGUGCAAGCUGGAAAGUAUGAUGACCUUCUCAUCCCAGGGUCAGAAUUUAUACAACUUGUAGGUGCACAAAAUGCAGCUCUGUCAUCUACACUUGAUUCCAGUAAUUCUGCACCUAUUUCUGCAGAAAAUACUAAGAGUAUCGUUAGUAAUAAAGAAAAUACAAAUGGUGAAGUAGAUGAUGAACAGGGAGAUGCUGAUUUAGCAGUUCCUGCAGCACAGCUUGUUAAAGAAGAAGAAAGAGAGAGGGGUAGAGUCGAGUUUUCAGUCUAUUGGAAAUACAUAACAACUGCAUAUGGUGGAGCUUUGGUGAUUCUUGUGAUUAUGGCCUCAAUCAUGUUACAAAUUCUACAGAUAGGUAGCAAUUAUUGGUUGGCAUGGGCAACACCGCCAUCAAAGGAUGUAAAGCCUGUUGUUAGUGGUUCUACACUAAUGACAGUCUAUGCAUCCCUUGGUAUUGGAAUCUGUUUCUGCACCCUUGUUGUGGAGUCGCUUGUUGUAGCUACGGGAUAUAAAACUGCAAUAAUACUUUUCAGAAAAAUGCUUCAGACCAUUUUCCGUGCUCCUAUGUCAUUCUUUGAUGCUACACCUGCUGGAAGAAUUCUCAGCCGAUGUUCAACUGAUCAAAGCGCUGUGGAGACUCGAAUUCCUUCCCUACUUGAGAGGCUUAUUUCCCUGACAAUCCAACUUCUGGGUAUUAUUGCUGUUAUGUCUAUAGUUGCCUGGGAAGUUUUGGUUGUAUUCAUCCCCUUGGUUUUUGCCUCAAUCUGGUAUCAGCAAUACUAUAUGCCUGCAUCAAGAGAACUAACGCGAUUGAGUCUAGUAUGUGAAGCUCCAGUUAUACAAUAUUUUGCUGAAACAAUUUCUGGAAUAACAACUAUAAGAAGCUUUGAUCAAGAGUCAAGAUUCCAGCCAAAUUAUAUGAAAAUAGUGGAUGCAUAUUCUUGCCCUGAGUUCCAACUUGCUGCUGCGAUGAAAUGGCUAAUGUUACGGCUUGAUGCAAUCUCUUGUAUUACCUUUGCGUUCCUUUUGGUUCUCUCUAUGUACUUUAGACAAAGCAUAGAUCCUGCAAUUGCAGGAUUAGCUGUGACAUAUGGACUCACUCUAAACAGUAAACUAGCAGGAGUAAUACGGUGUUUAUGCCAUUGGGAAAACAAAAUGAUAUCAGUUGAAAGAAUUCUUCAGUACACGAACAUUCCUAGUGAAGCUCCUCUUAUCAUACAAGAAAACAGACCAGAUAGUUCAUGGCCGUCAACAGGAGAAAUCAGCAUCCAUAAUUUGCAGAUUCAGUAUGCUCCACAUUUGCCUCUAGUGCUACAUGGUGUGACAUGUACUUUUCCAGGUGGGUUGAAAACCGGUAUUGUUGGAAGAACAGGAAGUGGGAAAUCAACUCUAAUACAAGCACUUUUCCGCGUAAUUGAACCUACAACUGGUAGUAUUGUCAUUGAUGGUAUUGAUAUCUCAUCCAUUGGACUCCGAGAUUUGAGGUCAAGGUUAAGCAUCAUUCCUCAAGAUCCAACCAUGUUUCAGGGAACUAUACGGAGUAAUUUGGAUCCGCUUGAGCAGUACUCAGAUGCACAAAUAUGGGAUGCUUUGGAUAAGUGUCAACUUGGAAGUGAAGUUAGGAAGAUGGAACGUAAACUGGACUCGAAUGUUCAUGAAGACGGGGAAAAUUGGAGCAUGGGUCAAAGACAACUAGUUUGUCUUGGACGAGUACUACUCAAGAAAAGUAAGGUGUUGAUCCUCGAUGAAGCAACCGCUUCAGUUGACACAAACACUGAUAACCUGAUUCAACAAACUCUGAAACAUCAUUUUUUUGAAUGUACCCUUAUCACUAUUGCCCACCGUAUCACUUCUGUUCUUGACAGUGACAUGGUCUUGCUUCUCAGCAAUGGGCUUGUCGAAGAACAUGAUUCUCCUACGAGGUUGUUACAAAACCAGUCAUCUUCAUUUUCAAAACUUGUAGCAGAGUAUACAUCAAGAUCCUUUAAUUCACAUACAUAAGUUACAAAACCAGUCAUCUUCAUUAACUGCUGCCUGUAUAAUGGUGCUUCAUUCAGUAGUUAACUUGGUUUUUGCAUAUUUCUCAGACAAGUCAGACGUAGUUAGGCCACUAGAAGUUGGGCUGUCAAUGUUACCAACUACAAUAACAAGAAUAAAGCAAAUUCACAAGAAAUAUCUCAAAAUGUACUUAGCCAAGAAUUACUUGCCAUCUACUGUUUUGUAUACAGAAAAAAACAGUCAGAGUAAUGUUUUGUGUACAGAAAAAGAAAACAUCAAUUUUUCUGGAUAGACUUUGAA